CAGACUGUGACCUCACACCCCUGUCCAAAUAUUACUAUUCCAUCAUCGCCUCUGCAGCUUCUGCCACCAGCGCUACUACCACCACCAUCACCAACAGCAACAUCCCCAGCACCAGCAUCUCAACCACAGUCGGGAGCUCAGGGCUGUUGGGAACAGGCUCGCUUUAUCCCCCUGCCUCCAUCUCCAUCUCAGGGCUCUAUCUGUACGCGAAGAGACACCUGUCGUCUGCCCCUGUGUCACUCCUCCAACCUCCUCACAAAACCUCCGCAGGCGUAUCUCCGCCCGUGUCGAGGGGUUUCCUCCCCCUCUUCGCCCUCAAAAGCUUCGACAGAGACUCUCAACGAGUGUUGCGCGCCUCUGCCAGCACAGAAAUCACCCACCGCCACCACCAUGGGGCUCUCAAAGACUCACAGAAUCAUUAUCCUGCUGGGGAUAGACAGCGCUUUUUUCCUGGUUGAACUUAUUGUUGGCUAUGCUGUCCACUCCUUGGCCCUCGUGGCAGAUGCCUUCCACAUGUUGAACGAUGUUUUGUCCCUCUGUGUCGGACUAUGGGCUGUUCGUGUCGCCAAUACUGGAAGCUCAAAGAUGUAUACCUAUGGCUGGCAACGAGCUGAGACUCUGGGUGCCUUGGUCAAUGGCGUGUUCUUGGUCGCCCUUUGUCUAUCUAUCUUUCUCGAGGCCAUCCAGCGAUUCGUCGAACCACAGGUUGUGAACAAUCCGAAGCUUGUUCUUAUUGUCGGUUGCCUGGGUCUGGCUUCAAACAUCCUUGGUCUCCUCCUUUUCCAUGAUCAUAGUCACGGCCAUGGCGGAGAAGAUUCCGAAGAGGACCAGAUAAAAUCAGCUGAGGAGGGUCACGCACAUGCUCACGACGACGAGGCCGAGACCAACGCUGUGGCAGAUGAAUCCGGAAACAUCGAGGAUGUCCUUCCGCAAGUUCGCGUUGGUGGCUACAAGGGCUCUGAUAGAAAGGGCUUCACCAAAUCCGAUGAGGACAACACCACGAUCUCGGCCAAAUCCUCCACACCCAACCGCAGAUCCGUUGCUAACAUCAACGAUGUCCAUGGUCGACACCGCCGUAGAACAUCGGUUGUCGACAAUAUCCACGUCCAUCCCGCUUCAUUCCGCCAGGAUUUUAUUGCGCAAGCUGCACGUAUGGAAGAACAACCUGACCCAGAGUCGUCCGCCGAAGAAGAUGAAGAAGCAUUGCUUGACGGCGAGGGACCAAACGAGCGUUCGAGGAUAGUCGGAGACAACAAGAACGCAGCCUCGAAAGGAUACGGGAGUAUCGGCAAGCGGGCUAGCCAUGACUACCACUCCUCCCAUAACCACAAUCAGAACAAGGACGACUCACAUGAAGGACACGGCCACGGCGGUGGCCACGGUCAUGGCCAUGAUUUGAACAUGCGAGGUGUCUUCCUUCACGUCCUCGGUGAUGCUCUCGGAAACAUUGGUGUGAUCGCAUCUGCACUGAUCAUCUGGAAAACCACCUUUCCCGAGCGAUACUACUUUGACCCUGGUAUCUCGCUAGUCAUUACCGUCAUCAUUCUCUACAGCGCCAUUCCGCUCUGCAAAGCCGCAAGCCGAAUUCUGCUCCAAGCCGUCCCAAUGGGGAUGUCCAUCGACGAAAUUAGCGCGGAUAUCGAGAGCCUGCCCGGUGUCCGCGAAGCGCACCAUCUCCACGUUUGGCAACUCAGUGACACCAAAUUGGUGGCCAGUCUUCACGUCAAGGUAGACUGUGAUGCUGGAUCCGAGGCCUACAUGCAGUUGGCUCGUGAGAUUCGCAAAUGCCUACACGCCUAUGGUAUCCACAGCUCGACGAUCCAGCCUGAGUUCUACACCGACAGCCCGGAUUCUCCAAGUGGUUCCACUGCUAUUGCCGGCGGUUCGGCCAAUGGUCAAUCGAGCCCAAAGGGAAACGGGGGUGUCAGCCGGAACGGUAGCGUUAAGAGCCAAGAGCCCGCUUGUCUUCUCGAGUGUGGCGACAACUGUGCCGGCAACAAGCAAUGCUGCCCGACGGAUGCGAGCGGAAAGAGCCCAAAAUCAUGAAUGAGGGGACCAUCUCCUAGCAUUCAGCCUGCUUGAUGCAAACGAGAUCGUGGGUGACCGCCGGGGAACGGUUUGUACAAAACUUGAAGGGUUGCAGGUGGCAAGAUUGCUGUGUUUGAACUGCUAUGAAUUGUAAAUACUAAACUGUCGCGAUGCCAACCCCGACUGACUCAUUCAUUCUUCUAUUUCUACGCUUGGAGGGAAUUCAACCACAGGCGUUCCGGAAGUGCACUAUGGCGCGUUGUGAAAUCGGCGGCAGCUUGAAGUUUUAGCAUUACAAAUUCGAAGAGACAGACUGUUACAAUGUUAGAAAUAAGAAGCCUUUCGAGGGUUCUUGAGAAAUUUGCACGUUCCAAGUAUCAGGUCGUCCGCGUGAGGUACCCUACUACCUCGUGUAUCCCAUUUUGCAGUAGUC